GUCCCAGUUCGCUUGGUGGGCAAUGUUGAGGCAUGCAGUAGACAUGUUCGUACGGUGGUGGUCACUUGCCUACUACUGCGGCCCAGCCGUCAAUGAGCACACUAGUUCCAGUCAUCAAUGAUGUCAACCUCGCCUUCAGAUGCUGCGCUAACGGAACUUGUCACUCGUCCAGGCUGGGCUGGGGCAGAAGAAGUCAAGGGAUUCAUUGAAUGCCCAUUGACCUCCUUUCAUGAAGGGGAUAGAGAGUUGCAGAUGGAAGAUGGAGAUGGAAGAUAAAAAAUGGAGGUGUGCUCGUUGGAUAGACAAGGUGAAGCUCUGUGUGGAGGGAGUUUGUGCUGAUUUCCCACGCAGCUGCCAUGAGAAGGAUGAUAAGGUGUUCAAGAAGCAAUGGAGUCUGCGAUCUUGCGAUUGUUGUUUGGUUGCGAUUGGUCUAUUACUCUCGUCCUCCUCUUUGCAGCUGCCGUCAUAGGCUGUGCCGCAAUUCGGUACUGCCACAUGUGGCCGAUAUCUUAGCCCCCUGAUGGUGGACGGACUCAGGGCUGACUUUGAGAAAGUCAGAGGAGCUUCUGCUGAUAACAUUCUGGACGAGGAGGAUUUAGCCUUGAAACUCCUAGCUUUCUUUCAUCCUCGGCAAAUCCCGUUCCCUCUCUAGCUUGCCCACUGCCCAAUCUGCUUCCGUUUAUCAAGGCCUUAAAUGACACAGAUUAUGAGAGCUCAGUGUUUGCAUCCCACAUUUACCUCAGCAGUAUGUAUUAGGAGUUCAAAGUUCACAUUCAGCCCUGUCUCGAAAGAUUUGAUGGAAUUUUCUUGAUCUUUGUUUGUGUGCUACUGGAACCCGAGUGUUGAUCUUACUCCUGGUGAGUCUAGGGAAAAUUAUUACUGCUUUGUUUGCUUUCGAGUCCCGUGUACAGGUUACUUGCUUUCUCGUGUGAAACGGUACCGAAAGUGAAGCAUGAGGCUAUACAGUAUCUAUCUGGAAGAAAUUUGAGACAAAUCCCAAGAUGGAAGUCUUAGUUUGGGCCCACUUUCUCUCCCCGUCCUCGAUGAUAGGAUUCUCCUGUUCGAAACAUUUGUGGUUAUUGUUUGCGUGAAUUUAUCAUGAGCUCUUGUAGUGUGAAUUUUCAUCCAACGAUCUACAAUGUGACAUUCGGAAGUAUGUUCUAAGAGAAAGUGUACAGGCUUGCUCUUGCCGAUUGCAAGUUUCUUUUGGGGUAAAUUCGUCGAGGUCGAUCGGAUCUGCUGCUCUGCCAAAUUGAUUGCCAUAUUCAGUCCCAUGACUAUCAUUACAUGUGGACUGUAGUCUUUCUACACGAAUACAGAAUUUGGAUCUUUAUGACAGAUUUCUGCUCAUGCCCGGUGUUUCGACAGAGUACAAAGCUGCACACUAGAGUAGAUUAUUGUGAUGCUCAUGGUUCUUAACAUCGUCAGUCGGAUGCACCCACGUGCUUAGAAGACCGAGAAAUAUAAAUGUACUCUCUUGCUCUUUUCCUUUUUCACCAGCAAGCUUCAUCGGAUGGUACACGUGUCCAAUGCCCUGUGAAUGACAUGUGUACACAUGUUACACGUGUGCAGUGCACUUUUUACCCUUCGCAUUGGUAAAAGAUUCUUAGCUUGUGUCAUCUUGUGUUUACCAUGACAAACCGGAUAUAUUUCGGUUGACUGUCAAAUAAAUAUCUGAGAUAGAGGUCUACGAGUUGACCAAGACAACCCGUCGUGUAAGAUCAGGUUUCAGAUUCACAGAAUGUCAUAAAGUUUGCUUCUAUUAUUUGUUAAGAGAGUGAGUUAUCCAUACUUCACUGAAUCGGUGCUUCAGUUGGAAACCAGGAAGGUUUUCACCAUGAACCAAGGCUGAAUACUGAAUGUACAGUGGAAGAUGUGAUUAGACUUGUCUUACAUUUUUAUCGCGUCUGUAUUGAGCUGUCGAAGGCAAGAUGUGGACCAGACAUGUCCAAGG